AUGUCAAGGAAUUCGCUGCUGGCCCUAACAGCCGGCACAGCCGGUGCACUGCUCCUCGGCUAUUGUAUAUAUUACGAUCGGAAGCGUCGCUCCGAUCCAAAUUAUAAGAAGAAGGUGCACGAGCGUCGCCAAAAGACGAACCCGUUGCCGUUCGUCUGCGAUUACCGAGGCGAGUCGACAAGCGAUGAUACAUUUGAGCUCAACGACCAUGAGGUUGUGCAGCAUUAUUUCCAGAAUGAGAUCAAAAUGGCCGAGGAUCUAUUUAGGCAGGCCAAAUUGGAUGCGGGUCUGGUGCAUCUGGCCAAUGCCAUAAUGGUCUGUGCCCAGCCGGUAGCCCUUCUGGAGGCCAUGAAAGUGGCAUUGCCCGAACGCAUCUUCAACCUGCUGCUGACUAAGCUACCCGAACUGCAGUUGCCCAAUCCCCUUGGCGAGACCACGGGCGUAGAUCUCGCGCUCGAUUGA